AACAAUACCACCAAAAAGAUAAAUCCAUCAUCUUACUCUCCCUUCACAUUCGUUCGACACUGACCAUUUUCACCCAUUGUGUUAUUUUCUUGUUAGACCGGCCGUGGAUUUCUUGUUCAUCUUUCAUCGUUUCUGUCCCUCUUUUUCUCCAUCAAGGAAUUUUAAUCAGCACGUUUGAUCUUAUAUUUCUAAGUCGGUCGUCUGUGGUCAAUGUAUAGGAAGUAGUCGGGGAUUCUUCGACUUGACUCUGUUAAUAUCACCUCGAAUUGUGUCGACAACAUACCUACAAGGUCCGAGCACGAAAUUAUAGACCUUCAUCAGGGACUCGGUCAGAACCUUUACGAGUUGUAACGACGAUAGCCGGAGACAGUGCUCCAGAUCGUUUGUUCAGUCCAGUGUCGUGCCUGUACACGUGGAAAGCAGUUGCGAAUGGGGAAGCAAGUGGAAAUAGGACAAGAAGACGAAUAGAGUUUUGCUCGCUACAGCAUGAAGUUGUCAUGGCUCGCCGUCCUCGGUACCACCCUCAUCCUCAGGGCGAACUUGGUCCUUUCACAGGAUGAUACCUCCAACCCAGAUGUUAAUCCAGGCACUGAUGUGGCCCCGGGCAUCCAGGUCGACCCGGGCUCUGAACUUGACCCGGGCGCUCAACCUGAUCCAGGUUCAGACUCAAGUUCAGGUUCCGACGGCAACCCUAAUGCUGCUCUCGUGCAAGGCACAGACCCGAACCCCGAGUAUACCGGUGGCGAACCAGUGCCAGAAGAAGGAAGCGAGUAUGAAAUCGCAGAUGCAGAGGAUGAUGGGUACAAUCUGAUUCCACAUAUUCCAGACGACUGCAGCGACAUCCGAAUAUUCAGUUUCCGGGGUUCGAAUGAGCCUUACCCCGGGCGUGGAGGAGCCAUGUUGGGCAUCAUGUGUUCGUACUUUGAACCGACAGGCUUGUCUUGCGACUACGAAGAUGUCGCUUACCCGGCCAACAUCUCAUACUCUGGCUAUUACUGUUCGUCGGCACACGUCGGCACUAUUGCCGCUGUAGAUCAGAUGACCGGAUAUGUGCAAAAGUGUCCAGAUUCGCGCUUGGUUUUGAUGGGCUAUUCCCAGGGUGCAAAUGUCGCUAGUGAUAUCUUGGGGGGUGGCGGUGGCACGCUGUUUGGGUGCCAGCAGCCCGAUAAUCCGCCGCUGCCUAGGGACACCAAACCCGGCUCAAAUGUUGCCGCCGUGGUGACCAUGGGCAAUCCUCGUAACACCGCAAAUCAGCCGUAUAAUAUUGGCCGUGGCUCGAAUUACACGGGCGAGUUAGGACGCAAGGGCCAACAACUAGACGAUCUCAACAAAUUCGACGACAUCAUGGCCAAUUGGUGCAAUCAUGGCGACCCCGUCUGUGCAGUUGGCAGUGAGCCUGUCAACAUUACCGCCCAUUGGAGCUACUAUGACGAAUACGCCCACGUCGCGUCGAAAUGGGUAGUGGCUACUGUACUGGGCUAUACGGACGAAAGACUCGACUUGGCUCUUGAUGGCCACAACGAGAGUGUUGUCCUGGUAAAUUCGAGCAACAGCUCUGGAAGUGGAAGUGGAAGUGGAAGUGGUAGCGGAGGAGAUGAAGAUGGGGCUUUCAGCUUCAGAGGUAACCCCGGAGGUGGGUUGAGUGUGCUAAUGCUCGUUGCAUUUGUUACGGCUGGCUUAAGUUCCAUGUUCUGAAGAUGUUUCGGAGCUGAAAGUUGGUCGCUGUUUUCUUUGAGUUUUAGCGAAGCAUAUGGACGGAUAUAAAAGAGCGGGACUAUUUUGGGAUUUUCGAUGGGCAACAUGGUCUUAAAUAGAGGAAAGGACGAGCAUUGGAACUCUGGAGAACUCCGGAAUAUCUAUAUCAAUGCGGUUUCAAUAGACGAUCUAUGUUC